AUGAAUCAAAUUGUUCAGUGCAAGUGGAAUGAAGCGUCGCAUUUGUUUUGUGAGUUGGUCGAUCGAAUCAUCUCUGAAUUCGUUCCACGUCUCAAUCGGAUACGAUUGGCUCUUAUCCAGCAAGGCAGACCUCCGUUUGAAGGUCACGCUACUCCCGUCAAGGAUCAACAAGAAGCCACGGAAGAGGCCGGUGUUACGACACCUUUCCCCGAUCCGAUACAAGCCCCGGUCGCCAUUCAUCCCUAUGAGACACGUGCCGAGUUGGAGAAGCGAUUCACUUUCUUUACUUUGAAUGAUAAACCGGAGUCCUCGUCACACCUUCAUGACGUAGGCAAGAGCCGAGUAGCAGUUGUCGUCCACGCGUUGUACAACUACGUUCUGGCGUCGUUUCGUGCAGUAAAGGAAUCCGGUCUCCCCUUCCUCGGUGCCACGUUUCACCGAGUUCUUCGCCAAUAUCCUCGUCAGCAACUCAGUCAAGCGCUAUCGCUUUUGCUGGCUAACCAAAUGGUCAAUCGUGUCAAGUUCUCCAUGCCGGAAGAAGAAUAUCGCAUCUUUAACGCGAAGAAGCUGAAGUUGUCUUCCAGGUAA